AUGACAAGCUCCAUGCCCCAGAAGAAGUUUUACCGGCAGCGGGCGCACUCCAACCCCAUGGCGCACCACGAGUUCGACUAUCCAGUGAACCCACAGCAAAUGGACUGGUCUCGGCUCUAUCCAAACUUCUUCAAGGACUCGGACUCAGAGCUCUCGCCAAAAGUGGAGUUUGCGGAUAUCGGCUGUGGAUAUGGAGGACUUUUAGUGGAGCUGUCCACACUGUUCCCGCAGCAGCUCGCCUUGGGGAUGGAGAUACGGGUCAAAGUGUCAGAUUACGUCCGUGACCGGAUCACGGCGCUUCGAGCGGCCGAGCCCGGGAAGUAUCAGAACAUCGCCUGUAUCCGCGGCAACGCCAUGAAGUACCUGCCCAACUUCUUCACCAAAGGACAGCUCAGUAAGAUGUUCUUCCUGUUUCCUGAUCCUCACUUCAAGAAGAAUAAACACAAGUGGAGGAUCAUCAGCCCCACGCUGCUAGCAGAGUACGCCUACACGCUCAGGGUCGGGGGGCUCGUCUACACCAACACAGACGUGGAGGAGGUCCAUGUGUGGAUGGUCCAGCACUUCAGCCAACACCCGCUGUUCACCCGAGUCGCCGACCACGACAUGGCUGAUGAUGUCAUCGUGGGGCGGCUGGGCACCUGCACCGAGGAGGGCAAGAAGGUCCAGAGGAACGGGGGAAAGAACUACAUCGCUGUUUUCAGACGAGUCCAGGACCAGAACCUGGACCAGGAACUCCACUGA